AUGGACUCUGUCACAGCAGCACCGGGUGCAGCUGACACUCCGACGCUUCUGCGCCUGCCGACACACGUGCUCCGGGAGGAUGUGCUGAUGCGCCUUGACUGCCGCUCCCUCGCUCGCUGCUGUGCCGUCUCACGGGGUCUGCGGGCGGCCGCCGCUUGGGGGCCCCUGUGGGCCGCACAGCUGCACCGGGAGUUCGGAUUCCGGAACACAAAUCGGGAUCCAGAUUCAGAUCAACACGGGAGCUGUAGCUGGAGCCGGAACCCGCCCGCUGAAGGGGUUGGAGGGGAUGAAAGUCCCCACCUGGCGGGGGUUGCGGUAUCCUGUUCGGCUGUAGGGGAAGAACAGGAGGAGGAGACAGCAGGAUUUCGCGGAGGCGGGGCGGCGGGGCCGGGCAACUGCACGGGUGAUGCAGCCGCCGGGGCCGUUGCCCCCGUGGGGGGCGACACCACGGUGGCAGCAGGCGCAGCGGCAGAGGGUGUUGGGCCGAAUGCGGCUCAGGCUACGUUUGGGCGGCUGGUGUGCUGCCCCCUGGCUCACCAGCUGCUGUACAUUCGCCGCUUCCACCUGCUGGUGGACUCGGUGGCGACCUGGAGGGUUCGGAUCAGCCUGAAGGGGAGGGGGAGGGGGAGGUCUGGGUUUGUGGCGGGCGGCAGGGAGAGAGAGAGCGACGCAGGACUACCGCACACAACCCUGGUGCACCACUACAAGGGUGGCGACACAUUAGCAGCAGCAGCAGGAGAAGGCAGAGGAGGCAGCGGUGAGGUGGUGGUGCUCCGCUGCUCCGAGCGGCGGUGUCGAGGUUGGGCCCUCAACCCGCAGAGCGUGUGGCUGCGCUUCCGACUUCCCGGGUGGGUGCGGAGGCUGGCGGAGGCGGGGGCCCGCCAGCCGCCUUGGGAGCCAGGUGACACGUGUGGUGGCAGUGGGGGGCCCCAAGAUAGCGCGCCGUACAUGGAGCUCACGGUGCUCGCGGAGGGACUCCAGGGGGGCCGCAUCCGCCAGUGGCCGGUGAUGCAUAGCAGCCCCUUCCGAUUGCCGCAGGGCGACCGAAUGCGUCUGCUGCAGAGCCACGUGGAGGGCCCAGCCCAUUUGGCGGCUUACUUGCACUACGAACAACUGCUACCCGUGGUGCCGCUCGAGCUUGAGCCUGAGGGCAGGUUGUCCCUCCCACUGCCCCUGCACGCACCGCACCCCGCGCACCCGGGACGACGUCAUUACGAGGCGCGCGUCGGAGAGCUUCACAAGAAACGGAGACACAGACAGAAGGAGAGGCGUCAGCAAUCGCCCCCGCCGCCGCCGCCGCAGCAGCAGCAGCAGCAGCAGCAGGUGCCGGUAUCUCUCCAGCCAACCUUAUCCUCGGCCUCACCGGGCUCUGCAACCGCUUCAGACACCGCCGCUGCCGCUGCCGCCGCCGCCGUAGCGACUCCCGGUCCUAGCCCUGCCUUCCCUCCCCCCGACGGCCCCGCCAUCUACCUCUAUAUGGACUGGAACGUACUGCCCACAGCGACGGCGGCCUCAGCCAGCGGCGGCUGGGUGGCGGGGUGUGUUGUACGGCUAUGGCCGGUUUCCACGACUGGAUUUCCACUACUGGAGCCCAGCGGCAGCUCCCCCACCCGCCGCGACAGGUCGGGAGGUGAGGCCCCGCCGUGUUGGAGUGUGGCGUGUGUGGUCGGGGACAGCCGCAGAGGGGACGUCGUGAUGCUCGAGCAGCCGCCGCCGCCGCCGCCGCCGCCGCCGCCCACCGCCGCCGCCGUGGGAGGCGCACCUGGGAGCGGGCCUUCCCGCGCUUCUGGGACCGCCACUCUCACAUCCUCAUCCACAUCCGAACGUACCAAUGGCGCUGAAAACAUCACUGAAGAGGCAAGAGGUCUGCCGCAGGAAGGGCGAGGAGUGCGGACAGCAGCGACAGCGACAGCGGCGGCUGAGCAGCUGGCGGCGGCCUGGUGGCGAGCGUUCGAACCUGAUCCCCGCUUCCGGAAGCAACAGACAGGACGACAGAAUCCAGUUGCGGUUGUGGAUCCGCUGUACGACUUCGUCACCGGUGCUGGUAUUCGCCGACGUACAUUCCGGAGUGGCGCCUGCCGCUGCCCCACCGCGGUGACUGGCCCCUCUUCACCUGCCACCACUGCCACCACUGCCACCACCACCACCUCCGGCAGUGAGCCCCCCGAGCUGUGCGGCGGCUCCAUCCCCUUGAUGGUGGACCUGGCCGUACUGGACAGUCGCUGCGGCAGGGUGCGGCUGGGCAGGUGCGGCGUGGAGAUGUGGAACGUGGCGGGGGAGGCUCCGGGAGGGGGCGGUUCUGUGUCUUUGCACUUCCUGGUGGACCAGCUGCCUCCCCGCCGGCAGUCGCUGUGGGACAACAAGGUACACGUGCAGUGGGGGGAAGGCAGGGCGGAGGCAGGAGGAGCGGUGCAGGGAGACUGCCCCGUGCAGGGACCCGUUGUGGUGUCCCGCCAGCUAGCCAGGACCUCUCCCACUCCUGAAUUCCUCACGAGCCCCCAGAGGACUACAAGCCCUACAGGAUCGCAGCCCCGGCAGACUUAG